GAUGUGGAUUGAGCCUGCGCUACUCUAUACCUCUGCAGCUAUACAUUUACUUCGCAAAAUAUUAAUUCCAACGUAAUAUACUACUUAUACACAAAUAACAAUUUUGAAUCUAAUGUUUAGUGAUUUGCUUUAGUUUAUUUUAUAAUUUUUAGGCUCGGUCACGUGACAGAGCACACCUGAGACUCGUGGACCUAACGCUGUGGGCGGAGCUGGAGGUGGCCGCAGUACAAAUGCUGCACACCCGCUCUGCUCUUCAGUUGUGACUCCAUAAAGCGGGAGUAUUUAAGUUUAUGUCGCUCUACUGACACAACACAAGCCGGGUCUGACCCCUCACUGUGGGUCCUGAGCACGCUGUAGACUCCAAGUACAUUUUCUCCGCUCUCCAACGCGAAAAACCCUCUACCGCGAUCAUGUUUGAGACUAGCAGCGAUGAUGUGUUCCUGCCUGCUUACCACGAGGAGCUGGUGGACAACCUGCUGUCCAGCGAGGAGUCUGAUGAAGACAGUGGUGGUGAAGGCCUGUCUCUGGCCCAGGCCCUGCUGCCCCUGGUUGAAUCGUCCUCCCCUCCGCUCAUCCCUUUUGUCUGCUCCACUCGCUACAAGACUGAGCUGUGCACCACCUACUCUGCCUCUGGUGUCUGCAAGUAUGCUGAGCGCUGUCAGUUUGCCCACGGCCUCCAUGAGCUCCAUGUGCCCUUCCGACACCCCAAAUACAAGACUGAGCUGUGCCGAAGCUACCACACAACAGGCUACUGCUACUACGGCAGCCGCUGUUUGUUUGUGCACAGCCCUGACGAGCAGAGGCCCUGUGUGCGCCGCAAGAGGAACAUCCCCUGCCGCACUUUCAGGUCUUUUGGUGUCUGUCCCUUUGGUACUCGCUGUAACUUCUUGCAUAUUGAGGGUGGCGAGCUCGGAGGCAGUCUCACAGACUCUAAUGAGAAUGUAGAGAGGGCUCCUAACCCCAUGGCUCCGAGUCCUACCAGUCCCCAAGUGCAGCCCCAGUCCAAGGACUGGAAGCCCAGAGGAGCAAUCUGCCGCACUUUCAGCUCCUUUGGCUUCUGCUUAUAUGGCACUCGCUGUCGCUUCCAGCACGGCCUCCCCAACAAGAUCUCCGGGGCUGAGCCCAGUCCAGGCUUUUUCGGCUCCGGAUCCUCUCAGGGCAGCAGUGGCCUGCCUUCUCCCUGGUUCACAUCUUCCCCAGGCUCUUCAGCCUCUUCCUCACCUCCCUUGACUCCCCCACUCACAACCCCCACUCCAGAGGCCACAGCCAAUAAUGCCUUCACUUUCUCCAGCCAGCACCUGAGUGAGCUGCUGCUGCCCCUAGCCCUGCACCUGCAGCAGCUGGAGAGCACCAAGGCCCAGGAGAUCUGUGACAACCGGGCGCUCUGACAUGCUCUCUUCACACAGCAGCACUCACUGGCAUUUGUAUAGUUACUUUUUUUUUUUAUUAUUAUUCCUCAGGAACUAUUCACUUUUUUUUUUUUUUUACUUGAGGUUUGAGUGCUUCUGUAAGCAGGUCAAGCUGGACUUGAACUGUUCGGUUGUAGACCUUCAGUCUAAUGUUUUGAAUAGGUCUCGUUUCAAUGUAAACAUUUUAACUAUUGUACAUAAUAAUCAAUGGUUUCAGUAAUGCUUCAGCAUUGCGAAUAAACUAUUUUAACAACACAA